AUGUGGAGGCGCUCAUAUCUAUUGUUGUUGCUUGUGCGGAUCUAUUUUGCCAUAUCUCCAAGCUAUCUGCAUCCGGAUGAGAACUUUCAAGGGCCAGAGGUCAUUGCCGAUGAGCUCUUUUUGUAUCCCUCCAACAGGACCUGGGAAUGGACUUCCAACUACCCAAUUCGGAGUGUCUUCCCACUGUGGCCGGUAUAUGGCAUCCCAAUGACCCUGCUCAAAUGGGUAUGGGCACAAGAUGACCAACAGAACCUCUCGCCAAAAGCCAUCUACUAUUUGCUACGGGUGGUGAUGUUCAUUCUGAGCUUUGUGCUUGAAGACUGGGCAAUCUAUGAGCUGGUCCAUGCGCCUCGACAUCGCCGGCAAGCCGUCAUCCUGGUCGCUUCGUCUUAUGUUACUUGGACUUACCAGUCGCACACCUUCUCCAAUUCUAUUGAAACUCUUUUGGUGACAUGGAGUCUGGUAUUAAUAGAAAGAAUCGUGCGUGAAAAGAAUUCCUCAUCCAUGCUCACAUGCAGUAUUCUCUCCUUGAUCAUUGUCUUCGGAAUCUUCAAUCGGAUCACUUUUCCAGCAUUCAUAUUGAUACCUGGCUUACAAUUACUGCCACAUUUCCUUGCUAGACCAUUUUCAUUCCUCGUCACAGUAGCCUCAGCUGUUGUCUUCACAUGCCUCGCCAUCGGGACGGACACAGCAUUCUUUCGUUUACGGGACUUAAACACAUCUUCGACAACCUUCUUCAGGACCCUCGUUACAAAUCCAGUCAUCACACCCUGGAACAACAUACGCUACAACACACAAACCUCUAAUCUAGCCCUCCAUGGUCUCCACCCGCGUUACCAGCACUUCCUGGUCAACCUCCCACAACUCCUCGGACCUGCUCUGAUUCUCCUCCUGACCUCGCUCCCAGCGCUCUCACUCCUGAACCUCCGCCUCCGUUUCUCAAACCCAUGCUUACUCUCCGCCAUAACCGGAACAGCCUUCCUCAGCAUCUUCCCCCAUCAAGAACCACGUUUCCUCCUCCCCUGCGUUCCACUACUGCUGACCUGCAUCCACCUUCCCACCUCAAGUCGUGGUCGAAAGUGGUUCUGGUCCUCAUGGCUAGUUUUCAACAUCCUCCUCGGCAUCCUCAUGGGCGUCUACCACCAAGGCGGGGUGAUUCCUGCGCAGUUACAGGUCCCUGAUUUACUCAGAUCCUCCAUUUCGUCACCACCACCAACCAACACAACAGCGAUGAUACCUGCCACAAUCUUCUGGUGGAAAACCUACCCGCCACCUACCUAUCUCCUCGGCAACACCGCCCCGUUCAAUAUCUCCACCGUCCCACUGAUGGGCCUCUCGCAGCCAGACAUGUUGGAGCAGGUCACGGCUGCACUCCCAUUUCCCUGCAGUUCGCCUCCUCCCCCUCCCCCCCUUACGACAAGAGACGCAAUCCAGAACAACCAGCCAGUCUUCCUGACCGCACCGCUAUCAUCCCCCCUCUUCCCGCCCUCAUCAGCAUCAACACCAAACGCUUCAUUCCUGGCCCACGCGCGCUUACCAAGCAACAACAAAGCCCACAGUUCCGCGGAACAGGAAGAAGAAAAAGACCAAGGAAGAGGGGAAGGAGAGGACGACAACAACACACCCCUUGAAUUAGCCCUCAUGUGGACCUACCGCCAGCACAUCAACCUCGACGACAUGGACAUCGCCUCCGAUGUCUGGGGCACACUGCGCAGGGUGGUGGGGGGAAGGGGGAUCGGGGUGUGGAGGGUUGAGCGGCGCUGUCCGCCGGGUUCGGGUGUAGAAUCUAUAAUCUUGGCCUAG